AUGCCGCCGUGGAAUGAUGCGCUGGUUACGCGCCAGGCGACCACACAUACUACUGCAAGUGAUGUGAGUGACGCAGCAAAUACAUGGCUUAGUGCGGAAGUCAAGUAUGAGGAGAAGCGAUGGGCGGAGCAGUCGGAAAAAGCAUUGCAAACCGACCCAGAGUUUCUGCGAUACCAAGCUGGUGUUGAGCGUGCACUUGCUCGCUUUGAGAGUGUGAGCGAGUGGGCAGACUUUAUCUCGUUCCUCUUGCGCUUGCUCAAGGCUCUGCAAGCCAUGCCGAAAUUCAACGCUAUUCCACACAAGCUCAUUGUCGCCAAACGUCUCUCGCAGUGCUUGAACCCUGCGUUGCCAUCCGGUGUGCAUACGCGCGCAUUGGAUGUAUACGAGUACAUUUUUAGCGUUAUUGGCGUGGACGGGUUGCGGCGUGAUUUGCCGGUGUGGUCGCCCGGGCUCCUGCCAUUUUUCCAAAAUGCGGCCACCUCUGUGCGCCCAGCAUUGCUGACCGUAUUUAACAAGUAUUAUAUCCCUUUGCAUAUGGAUCUACGCCCUCUCACACGUGCAUUGCUGCUUGCCUUGCUGCCAUGUUUGGAAGACGAGUCGAGCGAGUCGUUUGACCGCGUCGAAUCGCUGCUGCACCAAAUCGCAAACUCGGUCGGGCAGGCAUUUUUCUUGCAAACCAUGUGGAUUGCUCAGAUCUCCACGCCGUCAAUCCGACUAAGUGCAUUGCACUACCUAGCCCGAUACAUGCCUAAACUGCGUGUCUUGUCGCAAGAGGAACACGAGCAAAGCUUGGACACGGACCUUGACGAUACAACCCAGGAGACGGAGGACAUUGACUUUGCGCAAGGUGUAUCGCUCACAGCCCUGAACCCCGGUCUGCUAGCGCGUGCGUUUUCACAUACCUUGGGCGAUGAUUCUCUCUUGGUGCGCCGCAACGCACUGGAUUUCUUGGUACAGCAUUUUCCUUUAUCUUCCGUCCCAUUUGCGGAGGAAAUUGAGAGUGCGGACCGUGUGUUACUAAUGGAUGCUGCGAUCGGCGCUGUGCUACGUCGCGAUAUCAGCCUCAACAGGCGGCUCUACGCGUGGCUGUUGGGGGCGGACGAGGCGGAAGACAAGCAGCAGGCGUAUUUUGCAAAGCACGCUUUGCAGCUCGUGAAGACUGCACUGUUGCGCGGAAUGCAUGCAUACGACACUGAUCCUGUCAUGCUGCAACGACCCUACCGCAUUUUUGUCUCCUUUUUGGACAAGAGUGCGCUCGGGCAGCCGCUAUUGCGCGCCAUGGCCCUUGAUGUGUUUUAUGCGCUGUUGCAUAAUAAUGAUUUGCGCGAGAACCAUGACCUUUAUCCCACCGCACAAACGCUAUUCGAAGCCGUGGACACCUACAUUCUGUACCAGCAGCUCUUUUCAGCGAUGCGGGCCGAGCUCGAGCACAGACCCAAUGCUGUGGUCGAGCAGCAUGGAUCGGCAGUGCAGUUACUGGAUCGUAUGCUGCAUACGUUUGGGCUACACGACGAAGAAACAAGGACGGUGCAUCUUCCCAUCCUCUACCUUGCCUUGGCUGAGAUCUUGCGUCAAGGCUUAGCGAAAAAGAGUAUCAUGCAAGACAAGGCAAUGGACAUACUGCGUCUUUUCGACGUGAUCCAUUCCAAUUUGGAUCCACACGCAUUUGUACAGUCGGGAGCAAAUAACGAUGCAGCAUUGGGCGCUGCUGCUACGGCUGUUUAUGAAGAAGGUCAUGCAUUGGAAGCUGCAUCGACACUGCAAUCUCGCCGCCAAUGUACGGCAUUGGUGCGCGCGUUGAUGGACGUGGGACUGCACAAUGCCCCAGCGAUGGAGCAAGACGCCAUUUCUGUGCAGUGCUUUUUACUCGUGCUCCGCAUUCUCCACAGCUUGGACGCUGCGCGUGCGGAAGCCUACGUGGACCUUGCCAAUAACACGCUCGAAGCAGAAUCGCUCGACGAUACGCUGGACGUGGCGGGGUGGAACAAGUCCGUAUUCGAGUACCUCGCAAAUCCCCCCACUUUUGAAGCAUACGCAUUACUGCUUGGCAUUGCUUUGCACAUGACAAACAGCGCAUUGAUACCUGGCAAGUUUACAUUUGCAAACGCUGCAGAUUUCGAGGCCAUAUUUCACCCAUUGCUCACGGCGCUUCAACCAGAGCACUGUGCGAAUCAUGUCGAAGCAGCAGAACUGUAUUGGGUGCUUAAAGAACAAGUCCCAAGCGAUUUUGCCACGGACAUUCUCUGUGCACAACUUUCUGAUCCAAACACACGCGCGCAGACAAUGUCCGUCGUUGGCACGCUUUGGCAACGCAGCAACAAAAUGACGCGGGCGAAGCAACUCGCGCGGCCCUUGUUUUUAAUUCUCGACGCGCUGUGCUCAAAGGAUCGACAGGAACGCAAUGCUGGCUUUACAUGGCUACGCAUCUAUUUAGGCUCCUUCGACACGCUACUUGUCAUGCUCAUGGACAAGGUGAUGGAGACCAAAGCUAAGAGAAACUCUACUACGAUUGCCAUGGCGAGCCAGGAAGUUGUCGUGUACAGGUAUGAAGCACCAUUCGACCAGGAUUUGCUCAACUACUACCUGGCUAUUGUAUCUGCCUUGUUUGCAGAAGGGAAGCAGCAAAUCUUCGACGCCACUCGAAAGAUUCCGUAUGAAGCAAAGGGCGAGAAUGGAAAAGGAACUUUUAUUGCCUCGUCGGGCUCAUUCCUCGACGUGCUCAAAGAUGUUUUGUUUUUUCUUCUGCACGCUGCACACCCCAAGGAACAAGUCUUGUGGUACCCAGCCAAUGCAGCGACACAAUGCAUCGCAUUGGAUCUCUUUCAUUACCUGAUCCUCUAUGGACAGCAGGACCCUACGUGGCUUUCCAACAUACAAGCUAAGCUGAUUGAUGUCAUGCUUGUGGUAAUGCAUCGGCAGGAUGAAAGCGCGCAAAUCGCUGCGCUUUCAACGCUCCUUGAAGCUGUUCAGACCCGCUGCGCCAGCGCCCAAUCCGGUGGGGUGUUGGACGACGAGACCAGUGCUCUCUUUGCUGAGAUUGUGCGGCGCGGCGUUACCAGUGCACCGAGCUGCACUACAUUCCUUGUAUGGAUUGACUUUGCCCACAACAUGCUGUCAUACACGCGCGAAGCAGUGAAUGAAUUCAUUCUUCCCCUCUGUGUGGCAUUGUGCGACUUACUUUCCCACUCCCUAACGGCAUUGGUGAAAACGACAUUGGCCUUUUCCACAAAAGCAAGCUCGGAAGUGCAGCGGAUUCCUUCUACAGAACAGGAAAUCGUGCAUAUGGUGCGUCUCCUGGAGCAUGCGCUGCACCAGGCCAUGUCGAGUCGGCACAUGGUGGAUUUGGAGCGUGCUUUGGAUACAGAACCCGCCCAGUCCCUUGGUUUGCUUGGCAAUAUCUCCAGUGUUUUUGCCUCAGAUUCUCCCACGCCCAGUGUCAGCAGCAUGCAAACAAACACGCCCAUUCACCCCGUUUUGCGUACCACCGCACUUGCUAUUCAAACGUUGGAGUAUGCCUGGACUAGCGGUCGAGGACCCAAGCCCCGCCUGCAUUUUCCAGACGCGCAUGCACAAACCACGUUGACUCUGCGCCAACUUUAUCGACUGCGCAUGGCUUCCGUCACCGAGGCCGUGGUUGCCAACUGGUGGAAACGAUCGUGGGAUGCACAGGAGCCUGUGUCGUCUAUUGUCAUGAGCGAGACAAUAGCACUACUCGAGUGCCUUGCAGAGAGCCCACAAGUGAUUGUGUCGUCGCUGUGCGACAUCAUUACCAUGCACGUUUCACCCAGUGGGAGCGACCGAAAACGUGGCACAGGCGGAGCUGUGCUGGUCAGUGACGCAGUCUUGUUCCGCUUUUUGGAGAUGUUUUUGCAGUCCAGGGAUGGCGAGACAGUCGUGCAUAUUUGGCCGGUGCUAGCGCUCCUUGCCAAGAAUGUGAUGACGACCAAUGCAGCGAACAAAAAUUUAAUGUACCACACAUUGCGCAUCGUAACCUCUGCUGCUGUGACCCUUUCGCUGACACGCGCAUUCGAAGAACGACGCACUAAACGCGAUAUUCAAGACACAUUUGUACGGGUGUGUGAAAUGGUGGUUUCGCUCUACUCACGGGCGUUGGAUGUGACUUCGUCACUGCACAGGGGCAAAGACAGCGAAGCGUGCUCGACCCACGGUGCGGACGAUAUCUCUGCCGAUCCGUCGGCAGUGCCGUUGUCGACUACUGUCGUCUCAUUUUUUGCGGCUACGGCUGUCCCGGCGCUCGCUACCUUGGCCAUUGACCUAGACAAAACUGCUGCAUUGUGCACAAGCCUGGUCUAUUACAUCGUCACGCCGAGCCUCCGUGCACGCGCACGAACGCUGGAAAUUCCAGAUCUUGUCUUGGAUCUGCUUAAAAGCAUAACGCGCGUUCCUGGAACGUUGAAGACAUGGCGCUCUCUCGUCGUGGACGUUUUUUACGAUGCGAAAUUUUUCUCGCUCGCUCCACAAGAGGGCGAGCAAUGGACUGCUAUUUUUACUGCACUGUAUACAGUGGACCGCGAACGGCUAGAAGAUGUGAUUUCGCGUAUUGCCAACGCGCCAUCUGCGAAUCUUUUCGUGAGCCGCGAAAAUGACUUGAUUGCACGCAUUACAGGUAUCCGUCGGCUAUCUUAUUCGAUCUACGCUGGGGAAAAGAAUGCGUAUUUGGCCCAGCUCCCCUUGAUGCAAGAGAAAGUCGUGGAUAUCUUGCGCUCGAAUGCACCCGAUUUGGUGCAGGCAGAAAUAUAUUUGUGUAUGCGCGUGCUUUUGUGCCGCUUUUCUUCGCAGCACUUGGUUGGAUUUUGGCCCAUUAUCCUCACGGAACUGCUGCGUAUUUUUGGCAAUGCGAGGACGGAACUGCUUGGGGACAAUUCGGAUGCGUUGUUGUUGCUAUUCAGCGUAUCGAAAUUGGUGGAUUAUCUGUUAACACUGCAAACAGAGGAUUUCCAGGUGCACCAGUGGCUAUUGAUCACGGAUACGCCAGACGCAGUGAAUCCCUUGCCAGGUUGGAUGGCAGACUCAUUGCUGGACUGCAUUGGGAAGCUGGCAGCUAAGACGCGCAGAUUGUCUGCCCAGCAUUAUCGUACAUCCAACACCAGUUCGUUGUGUCGGCCCAUGCUGCAAAUGUCGCGUGCUGAAUCUAUCGAGGUGCUGGAGCCAUUUUUCCUCAACGCAUCGGCUGUAUUUUACGAUAACCAGUAUUGUCGGACACAGGUUGAUUGGGAGAAUAUUGACCAAGGUCUCCUUCGUGAUCUAUUUGAGCCUAUAGUACCCAAGCUGUGA